AUGAAUAAUCAUCAAGAAAUGGGAGAUAUUGGCCUUCAAAAAUUACUUUCUGAAGGGUAUAAUGAAAUUAAUCCUAUGCGAGGAAAGUUUGAUCCAGUAGAUAUCACCGAAGAAUUUUUCGCAGAAUGUUCCAAAUUAACUGUUGGCGAAUUAGCGAUUAGUCCUAACUUUAGCUUAUCGGAAGCUAUGAGUGCUAUUGAGUUAAUGGAUCCCAAAAUGGAUAUUGGUAUGGUCAAGUAUGAUGAAUCAAUACAGUUUGAGAAUCUCGUUUCUACCGGGCAAUUAAAUAUAUGGGAAAUGGAUUUACCUGAAUUGAUUGCAACUAUGGAUGCUUUAUUAGCUUCUUAUAUUGCAUGGCUAGAAGGGAAUUCACUUGCACAGACAGUGCUAACUUGUGUUUGCCUUCAUAAUUUGGAUGCUGUGGAGGAUCCUAUUUUAUCAGCUUAUUGUCGUGGAAUAAUUGAACUUAUUUAUUUAACUCGUCAAAUUAUUCAAACUGCGACUGUUUAUGAUGAAGAAGAUUUCAAUGGUCAUUUUGUCAAUAUACGAUCUUCCGAUUGCGUAAAGUAUACAAGCAGUAUAAAGCAAGCAGAAUUAUCUUUACAGCGUGCUAUUAAACAGAAAUCAAAGGAUGUUAAAUUGUUAAAAGCUGCUUUAUGUCGGAUAUCGUUUCUGCGACAUUUUAUUUUCUCACUUAAUGUGCUUAUGCCGAGUCAACUCGCUGAAACAACAAUAACUCCAUUCCGUCCAAAUGCUGAAGAAGCCUCGAGUCAUAUGCGCAUUGCAUGUCAGUGUCUGGAAGAAAUGGAAUUAACAAUCGAUUUAGGUUCUCAACCAGCUGACGGAUGUGAUGGUUUGGAAUUUUUCAUUUCUUGUGCUCACUUAAUAAUUUGCGUUCUUUCUCGUUCAUUGCUGCAACUUGUUUAUCUUCCUCAAGAUGAUAAACUUAUGGGUUGUGUGCCUUUGUCGACUUCGGUUAUAGAAUCAAUUCGAUUACGUACUUCUGCUCCAUUUAUCGAUCAUUUAGGUACGAUUCAAGUAGAUUCUCAGUGUGGCAUUUUUUUCAAUGAAUUUAUAACCGAUGCAGUGAAAGUUUUUCUUGGAGUAAUUCAAAUGUUUGGUCAUAAUUUGGCUAGACAGAGAGAACGUAUUGUUUCUUGUAUUGAAGACUUCGCAGCAUUGCAGAAUGAAGCGGAACGAUUUGAAAGUAUUUAUGAAGCCAUGAAUACAAUGCAGGAUUCUGCAGGUCUUUCCCUUUCUUCAUUUGUUCUUUACCACACAUUAUUACUUAUCGAAUAUCAUUUUUAUUUAUCCGCAAGGCUGGAUCUUUUCGCACCGUUUGAAUAUCCCUAUAUUUACUGGUAUCUAAGUGAUAUUGUAUACAAAUUGAUUGUUAAUGCGUUGAGUCAUUCCAGAGAUGUCUUAUUAGCUGAGAAACAGAAAGGUAUGAAAAUUAAGAAAAAAAGCGAGCGCAAGAAAAACAGUAAAACAUGGCAGGAAGGUGAAUUAAAUCGAAGGAUAAGCGCUAUAGAAAAUUCUUUGCUAUUUUACAAAGCUCAGCUUGCUUUGUCAUCUGCUUUUUACCAGGCUUCAGUUGGAUUAAUUGCCAUGAAUAAAAUCCGAAUUCCAAAGAACGAUGCAUCUGAGCGUUAUCGCUUCGAACUACGAAUGUCUCCCUUUUCUUCUUUAUCAUCACCGUUAUUCGUAUCCUAUGACUAUUUCAUGCAAUCAUCAAGGAAAGAAAAUUCAUCAUCUUGGAAUAGUCGUAGUUGUUUUUCAUAUGCUUACGAUGCAUUUGCUGCAGCACGAACAUUUUUGGAAGAAAGUACGGACAUACAAGAAGUAUCAGAAUACAUACGUGUAUGUAAGAAUAAUAUGAUUGUAUCAAAAAUUUUAUCAUGUGGCGGUAAAGAUAAAUCAAAUAUUCGAUUUAUUUUGGACGAUUGUGUGCCAUUGUUCCCGAUUUUAAAAAUCGAUUAA